AUGGUCAUUUUCAGCACACUCUGGUUUGGCCUGUUAUUCUUUAUUGUCACCACUCAAGCCCUACCAUCACCAUUCAAUUUCUAUGGCCCAGCCCCCUUGCCGUCCGAAGAUCCAUUCUAUAAACCACCACAAGGCUAUGAAUGUUUUGAGCCAGGUACCAUCCUGAAGCAGCGAAAAGUUCCUAGCCCUAUUGUCACUCUGGGUAAGAUUCCCGUGCGAUUGAGUGGCGCUUAUCAUGUCAUGUAUCGCACAUCCGACAAUUUUCGUAACGCAACUGUCGCCGUUACAACAAUUUUAAUACCUGAGAAGCCCGACUACAACAAGCUUCUGUCCUUCCAGGUUGCAGAGGACGCUUCCUCCCCAAACUGUGGUGUUUCUUACGCCAUCCAAAGGGAUCAUCAGACGAAACCCGAGUACGGCACAAUUAUCACUCGAGCUGAACUCUUCUUGAUAAUCGCCGCCCUUAAGAAUGGAUGGGUAGUGACGGCUCCUGAUUUUGAAGGGUUGGAAGGCUCAUGGCUGGCUAAUUACCGUGCCGGGUACGCUGUUCUUGACGCUAUUCGCGCAACACUGGCCUCACAUUGUUUUACCGGCAUAGCGCAAGAUGCUGUUGUCACCAUGUGGGGGUAUUCUGGAGGCAGUCUUGCCUCUGGCUUCGCUGCCGAACUUCAACCAUGCUAUGCUCCAGAACUAAAGAUUGCUGGUGCUGCUCUCGGAGGAACAGUUCCCAAUAUCACUACAGUCGUCCAUGCUACCAACAAGAGUAUGUGGGCUGGUUUGCUUCCUGCCGGUAUUUAUGGAUGGAGCAGAGACUAUCCUUCAGUCGAGACGGCCAUCAAUGUUAUGUUAAAGCCGGAGAGGAGAAAGGAAUUUCUGAAGGUAGCAGACCAGUGCUUUGCCGCCAACCUUGUCGAUUUCGCCUUCGAUGAUAUUUUCGCAUACUUCAAGGACCCGAAUAUCUUCGACAGACCAGAAUACGUGAAAGUCGUUGACGAAAACUCGAUGGGGAAGAGCAUCCCUCGGAUCCCACUCUUCGUCUAUAAAUCCAAAGAAGACGAAGUCAGCCCCGUGGAAGAUACUGAUGACCUAAUCAAGUACUAUUGUGACAACGGCGCUAAUGUCCAUUAUAAUCGCGAUUUGAAGGCAGGGCACCUUCUCCUAGCUCUCUCAGGCGCUCCUAGUGCAAUGAAUUGGCUUGCUGACAGGUUCGAGGGUAAAUCUGUGAGUACGGGAUGCAGAGUGACAGAGGAGCUCAUGAGCUUAGCAGAUCCUCAAGCGUACAGGGUUCUGGGCCUGGCGCUUAUUGGGGAACUCCUGGCAUUGCUGGGCAAGAUUAUUUUGGGCCCUACCAGCCUAGCUUGGUAG